UCGUUUUAUGUAAUUUCCUAAUUUUUUUAACAACAAGAAGUAGGAGUAUUAAUUAAUUAAGAAUAUAAUAGUAUAGGCGAAGAGAUAACUUUUCCGAAACAUAAAUACUUUCCGAAAGAGAGAAUUCCGAAGUGGUGAUAUCAAAAUUUGAAAUUUAUGCCGUUUGAAUAAAGUAAUCAACUUUUCAAUCUCCAAGGCCCUCUUUUCUUGAAUGCAACUCAGAGUGAGAGAGGGAGGAUGGUGACAAGGGGUGGAGGGAGGAGCUUAGAAUCCGGUGCGGCGGAGGAUGAGGAGAAGCAGCAACAGCUGUCUUACUUGCACUCCAUUUUAUCUGCUUUGAGAAAAUCCAUGGUGUCAACGUGCCGCGUCGCUGAGCAAGAUGAAGAAGAGGUGAUCUCAGCCGUCCAUCACAUGGAAAUCGGGUGGCCCACAAACGUCAAGCACAUAACUCAUGUCACUUUCGAUAGAUUCCAUGGCUUUCUCGGAUUGCCUCUUGAAUUUGAGGUCGAGAUUCCGUGUAAAGCUCCUAGUGCUAGUGUCAGCGUGUGUGGCGUUUCGGCUGAUUCAAUGAAGUGGUCUUAUGACGCGAGAUGCAACAGUGUCCCGACUAUUCUGCUGCUAAUGCAGGAGAAGUUAUAUGCACUAGGUGGUCUAAAGGCAGAAGGGAUAUUCCGGAUAAAUCCAGAGAACAGCAAAGAGGGGCAUGUGAGAGAGCACCUCAACAAGGGCAUCGUGCCCGAUGAAAUUGAUGUCCAUUGUUUGGCAAGCCUGAUCAAGGCAUGGUUCCGGGAGCUUCCAUCCGGUGUCCUUGAUGGCCUCUCGCCUCAGCAGGUCUUGCAGUGUGAAGCAGAGGAUGAUUGUGUCGAGCUACUUAAGCAGCUUAGGCCGACUGAGAGCUGUCUCCUGGGAUGGGCCAUUGAUCUCAUGGCAGACGUCGUUGAGAAUGAGGAUUCAAACAAGAUGAGCGCAAGAAACAUUGCCAUGGUCUUUGCUCCCAACAUGACUAAGAUGUCUGAUCCAUUGACAGCUCUGAUGCAUGCUGUUCAAGUAACCAACUUGCUGAGGACAUUGAUCGUUAGAAGAGUACGAGAGCGUGGGGAGACGGACGGGGCUGCCUCCCCUCGUUCCUCGAAAACACGCAAGAAUCUUGAUGAUCAAAUUGAGUGUAACUCCGCAGAUCUAGCCUCUGACGAUGAAUAUGAAUACGAAUCGGAUUCAUUGAGUGACAUCGAGUACUGCUUCUCGAGACAGCUAGAUGAGCAGGACAGCGCUAAAGAUGGCUUCCGCAAACAGCUUGAGAGGAUUCUGUGCAGAGAUCAGUCAAGCCCCAUUAGUGGCUCGGCCUUGCAGGCGGAUUCGGGUGUCUCGUUUUCUGAGAGCCGAAUAGGGAGUUCUAGCACUAGCACGAGCGAUGAUGAAUGCUCAAGAUCAAGAUCAAGAUUGAGAUCAACAGCCAAGAAUUCGCGGUUUUACCUGCACUAACCCGGUGCAUCUCAUCGACUAAGUGUUUGUUUUGGAUGUGGAUUGUUUGUAACCUUCAUAGUAAGUUUGUAUAGUUUCAAUUUGCAGGAAACAAGAGAGAGCUAAGCAGUUAAGAGUUAGUUGGUAGGUGUAGGAUCUUGGUGAUUGUGUGUGAAGUGAACUGCCUUUGUGAGCUACUAAACAUUAGUGGAUCAGCCCAACUUAUUAAUGAUAAGAAUAGUAUUUAACUUGUGCCGAAA